UUCUUGUUCUCCCCCAAUACAAAGCUGAAGCAUCAUGGCGGCCGGCGAGUGCCAGACGGGUAACACCAAGGACUACGACAACGAGGAGGACGACCUGUUGGCCGGACCGGAAACGGUUCUGGAUGAGGGAGACAUUGCCCUUCUCAAAACCUACGGGCUGGGUCCGUACUCGCGCGUUAUCAAGCAAGUGGAAGAGGACAUCAAAAAGGCUCAGAAGGCUGUGAACGACCUCAUCGGUAUUAAGGAGAGCGAUACCGGACUGAGUCUGCCAAGCCAAUGGGAUCUCGUGAGCGACAAGCAGAUGAUGCAGGAGGAACAGCCGCUGCAGGUGGCGCGCUGUACCAAGAUCAUCAACGCUGGCGAAGAAGACGCCAAGUACAUGAUCAACGUCAAGCAGAUCGCCAAGUUCGUCGUGGGAUUGGGCGAGAAGGUCGCACCCACGGAUAUCGAAGAAGGUAUGCGCGUAGGUGUAGACCGCACCAAGUACGCCAUCCAGAUCCCGCUGCCGCCUAAGAUCGACCCCACCGUGUCGCUAAUGACCGUCGAGGACAAGCCUGACGUGACGUACGAUGACGUCGGUGGUGCUAAGGACGCUCUGGAGAAGCUACGAGAGGUUGUGGAACUCCCUCUGCUUCACCCUGAAAGGUUUGUCAACCUGGGUAUCGACCCGCCUAAGGGCGUGCUGCUCUACGGACCGCCUGGAACGGGUAAGACGCUGUCGGCUCGUGCUGUAGCCAACCGUACCGACGCCUGCUUCAUCCGCGUUAUCGGUAGUGAACUGGUACAGAAGUACGUGGGUGAAGGUGCUCGUAUGGUGCGUGAGCUCUUCACUAUGGCCAGAUCCAAGAAGGCUUGUAUCGUGUUCUUUGAUGAAGUGGACGCCAUCGGUGGAGCACGUAGCAGCUCGGAGGAGGGAGGCACAGACAAUGAAGUGCAGCGCACCAUGUUGCAGAUUGUUACAGAGCUGGACGGCUUCGACCCUCGUGGUAACAUUAAGGUGCUGAUGGCCACGAACCGACCCGACACACUGGACCCAGCACUCAUGCGUCCCGGUCGAUUGGACCGUAAGGUCGAGUUCAACUUGCCAGAGCUGGAAGGACGCACUCAGAUCCUCAAGAUCCACGCCAAGAGCAUGAACUGCGACCGCGGUAUCCGCUUCGAGCUUGUUAGUCGGCUGUGCCCCAACACGACUGGUGCCGAGCUGCGCAGUGUGUGCACGGAGGCUGGGAUGUUCGCUAUUCGUGCGCGCCGCAAAUCCGUGAGUGAGAAGGACUUCCUCGAGUCGGUCAACAAGGUCAUCAAGGGAUACAAGAAGUUCUCGUCGACGCCCAAGUACAUGGUCUACAACUAGACCAGACGCUCGGCCGUGCAGAGUCCAAGAGCAGCCGAGUGCAGGCGACAACUUUGCACGCGACAGAGAAGCUUAAAUAAAUACACACGCUACUGCAAA